CAUUAACAACAGAACAACCCACAGGUGCAAGACAAACUACUGAAUCAACUGCAAUUCAAAGUACAUCAACGCAAAGUGGAACAUUGUCUACAGCAACACCAGCUACACCCUCUGUGGCAACAACAUUGAUAACACAAACAGGAGGAUCUGUGGAAACAGUGUCCACAACAACACCAACACAAUCCAUUCCUCUCACAAUAGAUUCAUCAACAAAACCAACACAAAGUACAGCAUCCGUUGUUUCAUCACCGCAAAGUCCAACACAAACUACAGUUGUAACCACACAAUCGGCAACUUCAACAGGAGCUGUGCCAUCUAUAACAACCAAUCCAGUGGCUUCACAAACAUCAACGUCAGCAUCAUUAACAACAGAACAACCCACAGCUACAAGACAAACUACUGAAUCAACUGCAAGUGAAAGUACAUCAACGCAAAGUGGAUCAGUGACUACAGGAACACCAGCUACACCCUCUGUGGCAACGACAUUGAUAACACAAACCAGAGGAUCUGUGGAAACAGUGUCCACAACAACACCAACACCAUCUAUUCCACUCACAACAGAAUCAUCAACAACACCAACACAAAGUACAGCAUCCAUUGUUUUAUCACCACAAAGUCCAACACAAACUACAGUUGUAACCACACAAUCAGCAACUUCAGCAGGAGCUGUGCCAUCUAUAACAACCAAUCCAGUGGCUUCACAAACAUCAACGUCAGCAUCAUUAACAACAGAACAAUCCACAGCUACAAGACAAACUACUGAAUCAACUGCAAUUCAAAGUGCAUCAACGCAAAGUGGAUCAGUGACUAAAGGAACACCAGCUACACCCUCUGUGGCAACGACAUUGAUAACACAAACCAGAGGAUCUGUGGAAACAGUUUCCACAACAAGACCAACACAAUCUAUUCCUCUCACAAAAGAUUCAUCAACAACAACAACACAAAGUACAGCAUCUGUUGUUUCAUCACCACAAAGUCCAACACAAACUACAGUUGUAACCGCACAAUCGGCAACUUCAGCAGGAGCUGCGCCAUCAAACACAACCAAUCCAGUGGCUUCACAAACAUCAACAUCAGCAUCAUUAACAACAGAACAACCCACAGCUACAAGACAAACUACUGAAUCAACUGCAAGUGAAAGUACAUCAACGCAAAGUGGAUUAGUGACUACAGGAACACCAGCUACACCCUCUGUGGCAACGACAUUGAUAACACAAACCAGAGGAUCUGUGGAAAAAAUGUCCACAACAACACCAACACCAUUUAUUCCACUCACAACAGAAUCAUCAACAACAACAACACAAAGUACAGCAUCCGUUGUUUCAUCACCACAAAGUCCAACACAAACUAAAGUUGUAAACACACAAUCGGCAACUUCAGCAGGAUCUGUGCCAUCUAUAACAACCAAUCCAGUGGCUUCACAAACAUCAACAUCAGCAUCAUUAACAACAGAACAACCCACAGCUACAAGACAAACUACUGAAUCAACUGCAAUUCAAAGUACAUCAACGCAAGGUGGAUCAAUGUCUACAGCAACACCAGCUACACCCUCUGUGGCAACAACAUUGAUAAAACAAACAGGAGGAUCUGUGGAAACAGUGUCCACAACAACACCAACACAAUCUAUUCCUCUCACAACAGAAUCAUCAACAACACCAACACAAAGUACAGCAUCUGUUGUUUCAUCAACACAAAGUCCAACACAAACUACAGUUGUAACCACACAAUCAGCAACUUCAGCAGGAACUGCACCAUCUAUUACAACUAAUCCAGUGGCUUCACAAACAUCAACAUCAGCAUCAUUAACAACAGAACAACCCACAGCUACAACACAAACUACUGAUUUAACUGCGAAUCAAAGUACAUCAACGCAAAGUGGAUCAGUGACCACAGGAACACCAGCUACACCCUCUGUAGCAACGACAUUGAUAACACAAAACACAAGAUCUGUGGAAACAGUGUCCACAACAACACCAACACAAUCUAUUCCACUCACAACAGAAUCAUCAACAACACCAACACAAAGUACAGCAUCUGUUGUUUCAUCACCACAAAGUCCAACACAAACUACAGUUAUAACCGCACAAUCGGCAACUUCAGCAGGAGCUGCGCCAUCUAUAACAACCAAUCCAGUGGCUUCACAAACAUCAACAUCAGCAUCAUUAACAAUAGAACAACCCACAGCUACAAGACAAAUUACUGAAUCAACUGCAAUUCAAAGUACAUCAAUGCAAAGUGGAUUAUUGUCUACAGCAACACCAGCUACACCCUCUGUGGCAACAACAUUGAUAAAACAAACAGGAGGAUCUGUGGAAACAGUGUCCACAACAACACCAACACAAUCUAUUCCACUCACAACAGAAUCAUCAACAACACCAACACAAAGUACAGCAUCUGUUGUUUCAUCACCACAAAGUCCAACAAAAACUACAGUUAUAACCACACAAUCAGCAACUUCAGCAGGAACUGCACAAUCUAUAACUAAUCCAGUGGCUUCACAAACAUCAACAUCAGCAUCAUUAACAACAGAACAACCCACAGGUGCAAGACAAACUACUGAAUCAACUGCAAUUCAAAGUACAUCAACGCAAAGUGGAACAUUGUCUACAGCAACACCAGCUACACCCUCUGUGGCAACAACAUUGAUAACACAAACAGGAGGAUCUGUGGAAACAGUGUCCACAACAACACCAACACAAUCCAUUCCUCUCACAAUAGAUUCAUCAACAAAACCAACACAAAGUACAGCAUCCGUUGUUUCAUCACCGCAAAGUCCAACACAAACUACAGUUGUAACCACACAAUCGGCAACUUCAACAGGAGCUGUGCCAUCUAUAACAACCAAUCCAGUGGCUUCACAAACAUCAACGUCAGCAUCAUUAACAACAGAACAACCCACAGCUACAAGACAAACUACUGAAUCAACUGCAAGUGAAAGUACAUCAACGCAAAGUGGAUCAGUGACUACAGGAACACCAGCUACACCCUCUGUGGCAACGACAUUGAUAACACAAACCAGAGGAUCUGUGGAAACAGUGUCCACAACAACACCAACACCAUCUAUUCCACUCACAACAGAAUCAUCAACAACACCAACACAAAGUACAGCAUCCAUUGUUUUAUCACCACAAAGUCCAACACAAACUACAGUUGUAACCACACAAUCAGCAACUUCAGCAGGAGCUGUGCCAUCUAUAACAACCAAUCCAGUGGCUUCACAAACAUCAACGUCAGCAUCAUUAACAACAGAACAAUCCACAGCUACAAGACAAACUACUGAAUCAACUGCAAUUCAAAGUGCAUCAACGCAAAGUGGAUCAGUGACUAAAGGAACACCAGCUACACCCUCUGUGGCAACGACAUUGAUAACACAAACCAGAGGAUCUGUGGAAACAGUUUCCACAACAAGACCAACACAAUCUAUUCCUCUCACAAAAGAUUCAUCAACAACAACAACACAAAGUACAGCAUCUGUUGUUUCAUCACCACAAAGUCCAACACAAACUACAGUUGUAACCGCACAAUCGGCAACUUCAGCAGGAGCUGCGCCAUCAAACACAACCAAUCCAGUGGCUUCACAAACAUCAACAUCAGCAUCAUUAACAACAGAACAACCCACAGCUACAAGACAAACUACUGAAUCAACUGCAAGUGAAAGUACAUCAACGCAAAGUGGAUUAGUGACUACAGGAACACCAGCUACACCCUCUGUGGCAACGACAUUGAUAACACAAACCAGAGGAUCUGUGGAAAAAAUGUCCACAACAACACCAACACCAUUUAUUCCACUCACAACAGAAUCAUCAACAACAACAACACAAAGUACAGCAUCCGUUGUUUCAUCACCACAAAGUCCAACACAAACUAAAGUUGUAAACACACAAUCGGCAACUUCAGCAGGAUCUGUGCCAUCUAUAACAACCAAUCCAGUGGCUUCACAAACAUCAACAUCAGCAUCAUUAACAACAGAACAACCCACAGCUACAAGACAAACUACUGAAUCAACUGCAAUUCAAAGUACAUCAACGCAAGGUGGAUCAAUGUCUACAGCAACACCAGCUACACCCUCUGUGGCAACAACAUUGAUAAAACAAACAGGAGGAUCUGUGGAAACAGUGUCCACAACAACACCAACACAAUCUAUUCCUCUCACAACAGAAUCAUCAACAACACCAACACAAAGUACAGCAUCUGUUGUUUCAUCAACACAAAGUCCAACACAAACUACAGUUGUAACCACACAAUCAGCAACUUCAGCAGGAACUGCACCAUCUAUUACAACUAAUCCAGUGGCUUCACAAACAUCAACAUCAGCAUCAUUAACAACAGAACAACCCACAGCUACAACACAAACUACUGAUUUAACUGCGAAUCAAAGUACAUCAACGCAAAGUGGAUCAGUGACCACAGGAACACCAGCUACACCCUCUGUAGCAACGACAUUGAUAACACAAAACACAAGAUCUGUGGAAACAGUGUCCACAACAACACCAAGACAAUCAAUUCCUCUCACAAUAUAUUCAUCAACAACACCAACACAAAGUACAGCAUCCGUUGAUUCAUCACCUCAAAGUCCAACACAAACUACAGUUGUAACUACACAAUCGGCAACUUCAGCAGGAGCUGCGCCAUCUAUAACAACCAAUCCAGUGGCUUCACAAACAUCAACAUCAGCAUCAUUAACAAUAGAACAACCCACAGCUACAAGACAAAUUACUGAAUCAACUGCAAUUCAAAGUACAUCAAUGCAAAGUGGAUUAUUGUCUACAGCAACACCAGCUACACCCUCUGUGGCAACAACAUUGAUAAAACAAACAGGAGGAUCUGUGGAAACAGUGUCCACAACAACACCAACACAAUCUAUUCCACUCACAACAGAAUCAUCAACAACACCAACACAAAGUACAGCAUCUGUUGUUUCAUCACCACAAAGUCCAACACAAACUACAGUUAUAACCACACAAUCAGCAACAUCAGCAGGAACUGCACAAUCUAUAACUAAUCCAGUGGCUUCACAAACAUCAACGUCAGCAUCAUUAACAACAAAACAACCCACAGCUACAAGACAAACUACUGAAUCAACUGCAAGUGAAAGUACAUCAACGCAAAGUGGAUCAGUGACUACAGGAACACCAGCUACACCCUCUGUGGCAACGACAUUGAUAACACAAACCAGAGGAUCUGUGGAAACAGUGUCCACAACAACACCAACACAAUCUAUUCCACUCACAACAGAAUCAUCAACAACACCAACACAAAGUACAGCAUCCAUUGUUUUAUCACCACAAAGUCCAACACAAACUACAGUUGUAACCACACAAUCAGCAACUUCAGCAGGAGCUGUGCCAUCUAUAACAACCAAUCCAGUGGCUUCACAAACAUCAACGUCAGCAUCAUUAACAACAGAACAAUCCACAGCUACAAGACAAACUACUGAAUCAACUGCAAUUCAAAGUGCAUCAACGCAAAGUGGAUCAGUGACUAAAGGAACACCAGCUACACCCUCUGUGGCAACGACAUUGAUAACACAAACCAGAGGAUCUGUGGAAACAGUUUCCACAACAAGACCAACACAAUCUAUUCCUCUCACAAAAGAUUCAUCAACAACAACAACACAAAGUACAGCAUCUGUUGUUUCAUCACCACAAAGUCCAACACAAACUACAGUUGUAACCGCACAAUCGGCAACUUCAGCAGGAGCUGCGCCAUCAAACACAACCAAUCCAGUGGCUUCACAAACAUCAACAUCAGCAUCAUUAACAACAGAACAACCCACAGCUACAAGACAAACUACUGAAUCAACUCCAAGUGAAAGUACAUCAACGCAAAGUGGAUCAAUGUCUACAGCAACACCAGCUACACCCUCUGUGGCAACAACAUUGAUAAAACAAACAGGAGGAUCUGUGGAAACAGUGUCCACAACAACACCAACACAAUCUAUUCCUCUCACAACAGAAUCAUCAACAACACCAACACAAAGUACAGCAUCUGUUGUUUCAUCACCACAAAGUCCAACACAAACUACAGUUGUAACCACACAAUCAGCAAUUUCAGCAGGAACUGCACCAUCUAUUACAACUAAUCCAGUGGCUUCACAAACAUCAACAUCAGCAUCAUUAACAACGGAACAAUCCACAGCUACAAGACAAACUACGGAAUCAACUGCAAUUCAAAGUGCAUCAACGCAAAGUGGAUCACUGAUUACAGGAACACCAGCUACACCCUCUGUGGCAACGACAUUAAUAACACAAACCGGAGGAUCUGUGGAAACAGUGUCCACAACAACACCAACACAAUCUAUUCCACUCACAACAGAAUCAUCAACAACACCAACACAAAGUACAGCAUCCGUUGUUUCAUCACCACAAAGUCCAACACAAACUACAGUUGUAACCACACAAUCAGCAACUUCAGCAGGAGCUGUGCCAUCUACAACAACUAAUUCAGUGGCUUCACAAACAUCAACAUCAGCAUCAUUAACAACAGAACAACCCACAGCUACAAGACAAACUACUAAAUCAACUGCAAGUGAAAGUACAUCAACGCAAAGUGGAUCAGUGACUACAGGAACAGCAGCUACACCCUCUGUGUGCAUCAACGCAAAGUGGAUCAGUGACUACAGGAACACCAGCUACACCCUCUGUGGCAACGACAUUGAUAACACAAACCGGAGGAUCUGUGGAAACAGUGUCCACAACAACACCAACACGAUCUAUUCCUCUCACAAUAGAUUCAUCAACAACACCAACACAAAGUACAGCAUCCGUAGUUUCAUCAACACAAAGUCCAACACAAACUACAGUUGUAACCACACAAUCGGCAACUUCAGCAGGAGCUGUGCCAUCUAUAACAACCAAUCCAGUGGCUUCACAAACAUCAACAUCACCAUCAUUAACAACAGAACAACCCACAGCUACAAGACAAACUACUGA